UUUUAGAUGUCACAAGAAAAUUCUAAUAUGUCAGCUCCAUCACGAUUAGAUGGCGAGCACUCAGAAAAUGCAGGCUUUAUUGACUGGUAUGAUUCUCCAAGAGUUCUCCCUACACAAUCUAAGCGAUUGCGACGCGGAACGCAGUUAUUAAAAACAAGGAGUGCAGAGGAGUUUUCACCUAGGUCCUAUCUCGAUGAAACUGCUUCUACAUCUGAUCUCGACAGUUUCUGGUGCAUUGAGUCACCAUCAGAGCAUAUCACUCCGCUAGCUCACACUGAGACAUCCGCGUUAGAUAUUUUCGAGAAAACACACUCAACUUCUGAUCAGACUACCCCUCAUCGGACACUACGAUCAGCAAAACUACUUUCCCGUAAACGACACAGAAAACCAGAUAACCAACUGAAAAUCGAAGAAAGCGAAAAUGUAGAUGAAAAGCGGAUGUCAAUGGAAGAAGGUCUCGCUGUUGGAAUGGCAUCACUUGCUAAAUUGCGGCAACGUCUACGCAGCGAAGGUGACACCGAUAAGCUGAAGACGGACGCAGAUGUGAAGGUUUUGCAAAGAACUCCACUUCGGCCAAAAUCGUCUCCAGCGAGCUCACCAAUUGUUCCACGCAACGCAUUGAAGAGAAAAAGCGACACCUUAUUGACCCCUUCUUUGACUCGGCCGUCGCAAAGGUUUGUCACGAGCACGCCAAAGCAUGAUGGAGUAGCAGCUACACCUCUGAAGCGAUUCCGAACGAUGAAUGACACUCCUUGUAAGCCAGAUUCAACAAGAGAAAAGAUAUUGCGCACACAAAGUAUGAAUGACACCAAAGAGGAUAGCGACGACGAUUCGUUUCUGACCGAUGUGUUUGUACCCUUCAAGCAUCCGAGUCAAUUUUUUGAGAUGCUCAAACAUAAUCCAACUCAGAAGAGCUAGGUUUCAAUCUCCUUCUAGGUUCAGAGCAUGACCAGACCAUUUGGCCAGAGUAUUUUGUUAUUUUCCGCUUUAAAACAACAGUUUUAUCUCGAAUUCAACUUGUCAUUAGAGUUUGCAUAUGUUAUUACACCGCCGCAGAGGAUGCCCAAGCUCGAUGG